AUGACAGACACUCUGCGGCCACCAUCACUCCUGGUGCAGGAGCCCCGGGACAAUCCCAGCUCGGCCUGGUCCAGCUCUUCAACGCCCACCCUAAGGCGGCGCCGUUUAAAGAUGCGGCGGACAAAGAAAGCACCGAGCGAGCAAAUGGAGAACGGAUCCCUGAGACGUUUAGCCUCCAAGGAGUAUCUACAGCUUCCCGCCAUCGAGAUCACACCGUCCAGCGACGAGGAUGCUCCAUGGUCCAACUGCUCGACGCCCAGCGCCUCGCCACGACGCAAACGAUUUCUGAUACGCAAGUGGCUAAAGGUGCGAGAAAAGAAGGAUCCAGGCAACGAAACAGGGUCACAACAAUCGCCUAAAGAAUCCAGUCAGCUGAGCAGCCAGCAGAGCAGCCACGAAGAUGAAUCGUCUCGCUUCCUGACUCCGUUUAUGCGCAGUGAUAGGUCUGAUGAUCAAUCAGAUCAAUGCUGCACUGCCAGUAAUUCGACCCGGAGCAGUCCUGCUUGCUCUCCGGUGUUGCGGAAGCGCUGCCUCUUGCCCACUGCUGUGCCGAGUCCAGAGGGAGAGAACAUGGUGGAGAAGGGCUCCGAACAUUCCGACACCUCCAAGUCGCCCUCUACCCCGGAGCAGCUGGUCACCCGCACAUACUCGGCUCAAUCCACACGCAGCGCAUCUAAAAACUCCAAGUCUCACAAGCGACUGUCCAAAUACGACAGACUAAACCUGAUCAAAAAAAGUCAGAGCUGGUACAAUGUAAAGAAAGAGCAUCGAUAUCGAGUUCUCAGCCCCACGUACAAGCAGCGAAAUGAAGACUUUAGGAAGCUCUUUAAACAGCUCCCGGACACAGAGCGUCUCAUCGUGGACUACUCCUGUGCUCUGCAGAGGGACAUCCUACUGCAGGGCCGACUCUACCUCUCCGAGAACUGGAUCUGUUUCUAUAGCAACAUCUUUCGCUGGGAGACACUACUGACGGUGCGUCUGAAGGAUAUCUGCUUCAUGACAAAAGAAAAGACAGCACGUCUCAUUCCCAACGCCAUCCAAGUGUGCACAGACACUGAGAAGCACUUUUUCACAUCGUUCGGGGCCAGGGACAGGACGUACAUGAUGAUGUUCCGGCUCUGGCAGAACGCUCUGCUGGAGAAGCCCCUGUGUCCUAAGGAACUGUGGCACUUUGUCCAUCAGUGCUACGGCAACGAGCUCGGGCUGACCAGCGACGAUGAGGAUUACGUCCCGCCUGACGAUGACUUUAACACUAUGGGUUACUCUGAAGAGAUCCCCACUGAAGAAAACGAGGUCAGUAACGAUAACUCGUCUAAGAGCAGCGGAGAGAAUAAGCAGGACAGCAGCCCUCAAUCCCACAAGAGAUCAAUCACACACUCCACCAUCGCAUCCACCCCCAGCAGCACAGAACUGCCUCUGUCUUUCGCCAUCGCGCCUGAGGAGUACACAGACUGCCUGCCAGACCCCGAGCUCUUGACGCUGCCUCUGCUGGCUGACGAGAGGAGCUGCGAGCCUGCAGCAGGACCGCUGGGUCCAGUGUCCUCACCCUCUCUCGACUUCAACGAUAACGAAGACAUCCCGACGGACCUCAGCGACUCGUCUGAUACACACGACGACGAAGUGGAGGUACAGGCGUUCCACGCUGACCUCACCGGCCGUCAGUACAUCAACGAGGUGUACAAGUUCAGCGUGGACAAAAUGUACGCGUUCCUCUUCACCGAGUCGCAGUUCAUGGCCGACUUCAUGGAGCAGCGCCGAUUCACAGAUGUAGUGUUUCAGCCGUGGAAGAAAGAAGAAGCAGGAAACCAGAGGAGGGAGAUCAUGUACACCAUCUCGCUGUCCAACCCACUGGUUCCCAAAACAGCCAACGUUAGUGAGACUCAGACUCUGUACAAAGCCAGCCAGGAGAACGAGUGUUACGUCAUCGAUGCAGAAGUUGUCACUCACGAUGUUCCUUAUCACGACUAUUUCUACACGCUCAACCGCUACACUCUCACCCGCGUAGCCAAGAACAAGUGUCGCCUCAGGGUUUCUACAGAGCUGCGCUACAGGAAGCAGCCCUGGGGACUGGUAAAAGGGUUCAUCGAGAAGAACUUCUGGAGUGGAAUGGAGGAGAACUUCAGGAGCCUUGAGCUGGAGCUGGCGAAAGCAGAGGACCUCCUGUUAGUAGCGCACGGGCCCUCCCCGAAAGCUAAGGCCUUGAAAAACUCCACCUUGAGGCGGAGAAAAAGGCCCCUCCCACACCUGCGCACGCCUCACCUGGAGGAAACGCUUAGCCCUGUGACCACGCCCACUGACGAGGAGGUCAUCCAUAGAAUCAAGCAUGUCUCAGGCUCCACGCAAACGAGACAUAUUCCUGAACACGCCCCUGGAGGCGGAGCCUUCUGUAAAAUCUCCAAAUUGCUGCUCAUUGUCAGUUUCGUGAUCUGCAUAAGCCUGGUGCUGCUGGUUUUCCUGAACAUGAUGCUCUUCUAUAAGCUGUGGAUGCUGGAGUACUCCGCUCAGAGCCUAAUGACCUGGCAAGGCCUACGGCUGGACGAGAGUAAAUUACCGCAGACGCAGGUGGAGUGGGCUCAGCUUCUAGAGUCUCAGCAGCGCUUCCAUGAAGCUGAAUUACAGAAAUGGAGAGAGAUUAUCAAAUCAUCGGUUCUGCUGCUAGACCAGAUGAAGGACUCUCUACUAAGUCUGCAAAGAGGUAUAACUUUUAGAGACUACGGUUCAGACUCUGACGAGAAGCGGACUCAUUACCACUGACACAUCCCCUGUAGAGCCACCAGGUGGCACCGGGCAUCAUAAAGCCGCAUCCUUGUGUGUGUGUGUGUGAGUGUGUGCGUGUGUGAGAGUGUGUGCCAGAGCAAAACAGGCAGAAGACGUCUGUGCACUGCUGUUACACAAAGGAAGAAAACAGAGAGAGAGAGAGAGAGAGAGAGAGCGGGCGAGUCCAAUCCCGGGCUCCUACACCUCCGUCUGCUCUGUGGAAUCAUGGGAAUGUGACGUUCUCUUCUGCUCCUCCCCGCCCUCCUGUUUUCCUCUGCGUCUCAUUGACUGACGCUUGAGAACGGUUGCUAUAGAGAGA